GUUUAUACAUGCAUCUAUCUUAUGACGCAGUCUCAAAGGAGUGCUCUAAGUUGUGUAUGGUGAGAGUGUGAUAACUCUGAAUUGGGUUGUUGGCACCUCUGCAACAGUGGACUUUCUGCACACAGGAAUUAAAGCUCUCAACUGUGGAUAUUACGUGCAAGAAAUACUACGGUGCUUUCAAAGAGAAACCAAGAUAAGACGAGGUCUCGGCUGGUUCUCGCUCACUUUUCAUCUACCAUGGAGUCCCUGUCGUCACCAUUUCAUGGACGCCAAGACGGCGAUAUUUUACCAGUGGAAGAGGAAAUGGCACGUAAGGGACCCCCCCGCCGCAAAAGGGAGUUCAUACCUGAGGAGAAGAAGGACGCCCUCUACUGGGAGAAACGUCGUAAGAACAACGAGGCAGCCAAACGGUCGCGGGAGAAGAGGAGGAUGAAUGACUACGUGCUGGAGACUCAUCUCAUGGCCCUGAAAGAAGAAAAUACCAGGCUUAGCGCUGAAUUAAUGGCCAUCAAGCUGCGCUUUGGCCUGGCUCACCGUUCAGCCUACACUGCUCAGAGUAACCAACUGCAACAGCAUAUCCCCAGCAGCACACACCACCAGUCCCUGCAGAGGGACUACUACUGGGGUGGCAGAGACUCUUCAGUUAUGCCAAGACACCAACCACAGCACCCUGUCUUCAUCCCUGCAUAUGCCCUCCAUACAAUGAGAGGCUAUUCAUAUUUAAACGGGUCCGUUACACCCGGCUCUGGCCUCCUCACUCCUCUUGCCCUCCCUCGAAAUCUCCUGCCUUCCCAUUCAUCCCGUCCUGGAGCUCCACUACUGAAGCCCAUUCCUACGAGACCUGCCUCAGAUGGGGAGGAGGAGCAGCAGGUCCCAGGGGUGUUGUCCCAUUCCUGCCCUGCUCCACCUCGCAAAAUCACCUCCAGAGAAGACAGAAACUGCUCCCCACCGAGACAAUACAUAUUAGACUGACUGUCCAUUAACAAAAGGGUGUAUCUAAUGGAUUGACUGACUGAGAAACAAAUUAUUUCUCUAAACUGUCAAAUAUUCCUGCUGACACUGUAACUUUAAAAGGGACAGUUCACCCUCAAAUCAAAAAUGCAUAUUUUAGGGCUGUACCUGAAUCAGAAUUAUGCUAGUCGAAUCAGAUUUGGCUGUUCAGUAUGAAUACUCGACUAUUCCUCCUUUGUUUUCCAUGUAGAGUUUGAGGGUUUGAACAGGGUUAAGUGGGAUGUUCUGUGUGACUGUGAAUAUAGUUAAGGCUAUUCUAAG